AUUCAAUCCAUCGAUUUGCCUUCAUUAAAAAUCCGGCCUUUGUCGUUUGGCGAUGGCGGAGCUCUCUCUCAUGGCAUCCACCGCUUUCUCCCUAGCUCCUUUCUAUCAGGACCAGAACAGCUGCCGUUCUUCCAAGGAGAUUACAUCCUUACCAGGUUAUGGCAAUAGACGAGAUAUCUUAAAAUCAGCUUCUGUGCUGGUUGGUUCUCCACCUGUUGAAGAGAAAUUGUUUCCCAAGAACAUGUUCCCAACACAUAAACAUCCUCAAAGAUCAAUUCCAAUGGUGGAAAAACCUGUACUUAUAGACAUGCAAGAUGCUCAUCCUGAUUCGGUCCUUAGCUUUGGGAUUGCUGAACAGUGUACUAGACAUGAAAAGAUCCUGAAGUUUCUUUUCAGCGGCACCAGUGAGGAAGACAACAUAGAUACUUCAUUGUUGUCUAAUCUUAUGGGACUCAGAACUGUGGCUAUUGACAAUUAUGAUAUGUUUUCUCUUUAUGGGGUCGGAGCGCACGAUUUAGAUCAUAUUUUGCACUCAGCAAGGCACUUUCACAUUCCAAAACCUCUGCUGGAAUUUAUUUCGGAUAGUUCAAAUGUUACAAAUGUUACCGUACACCCAAACGGUCAUAUGCUGCUCUCAGGUGGCGUGCCUGAGAUCAAGGAUCUACUCUCAGUUGCUGCAGAAUUCAACAUGUUGAAGAGUUUUACAACAAGUAAUAAACAGUCAAUGGUAGUCCCCUACUUUACAAGAUCUCGUGGUGGGCAUGCAAGAACUAGUAUUCAAGAAUCCGUGUCAUCAAAUCAAACGGCUGCUCCUUCAAAAAGGUACGUUUUUGUUGUAAUAUAUACUAGUCGAAAGUCUUCUGAGCUACAGUUUUAUUUCAUGGCACAUAUAUGAUGUUAUUUAUGUAAA